AUGGCCAGGUACUCGGUGUUAUUACUUUUUCUGAUAUCUUUCAUUUUUCUCAACAACGGGGACGCUCUUAUACCAGAUGGUUUAUCCAAAUUAUUCGGUACCCUGGCUACAAUCAAAAAUGUAAGGAUUCCCGAGUUAUUAAAUCAAUUGUGCAACGAAUCCCAAGGUGCCAACGUUACGCGACGCGAUGCCUGUUACGGUUGCUUUUAUCGUGCUAGUAGCCAAUCCACGGGAUAUCCGUUAUUAUUAGCAAUGUCUACUUGUGCGGAUAUGUACCUGAAUAAUACAGAUUAUGGUCAUUGCCAAGUAUAUUUGAGAAAUGCUACGAAUAACUUUAGCAACAGAGUCGGUCCUGUUACGAUUUACUGUACUUUCCUCCAAUGUAUUCGGCAAGUUAACAAGGACACCCUGGACGCUUUUCGGCGUGCUGCCAUAAGAGAAAAAGGAGUUACGAUGAACUGGAAAACACGAAGGAUGAAUUCCGGCUUUAUAUUAAAAGUAUAUCCUCGCAUUUUGAGAGCUGUUUGCGUAUUCAGAGAGCAAAGCGCCGAUUUCAUUACCGUACGACCCGGAGCAGAGCCCAUCGAUCCAAGGUCCUAAUA